AUGAGAACUCGCAGUGGGAACUUGUAUCCGGUGGAGGAUAACAAUAACAUCAGUGGUCGGAAGAGAAAAGGUCGUGAUUUGACCGGAGCACGGAAGAUGAACUGCCGGAAAAGAGGGAAACCGUCGUCUGGUGGCGUCGAUAAUUUUGAUAGGCUGCCGGACGAACUCGUUCUUUCUAUUCUUACAUUCGUCGGAUCCAGAGCUGAUUGUCCGGCCGACUUUCUGGCCGUUUUAGCAACAUGCAAGAGAUUCAGAGGUUUGGGGUAUGAUUCGUCUGUGUUAUCAAAAGCUUCGGCUGAAACAUUUGGCGUCACAGCUAAGAAUUGGUCUGAAUCUGCACAUCGGUUUCUGAAACGGUGUUCCGAUGCCGGCAAUGUUGAAGCUUGUUACACACUGGGCAUGAUUCGAUUCUACUGUUUUCAAAACUGGCAAAAUGGAGCAUCUCUUAUGGCGAAGGCGGCGAUGAGUUCGCACGCUCCGGCGUUGUACUCACUCGCCGUCAUCCAUUUUAACGGUAGCGGCGGCUCGAAGUCAAAAAAAGACCUAGGCGGCGGCGUUUCUCUAUGUGCCCGUGCGGCUUUUCUCGGCCACAUUGACGCCCUCCGGGAACUUGGCCAUUGUCUCCAAGACGGUUACGGCGUUACUCAAAACAUAACCGAAGGCCGGCGGUUUCUCGUUCAAGCUAACGCCCGUGAACUAGCAGUAGCUCGGUCGACAAUCCCGUCGGCAUUACUUCCCGGUGACUGGCUGAAGCUGAACCCGGUCCUCAUCCGCCGUGGAAACACCCUGAUCCCUGGGUGUCCGUUACUGAGUGAUUUCGGGUGCAACGUCACUCCGGAAUAUCAUCCGGCCAACCGUUUUCUUGCCAGUUGGUUCGCCAAUCGGAUACCCAGUCCGGAAUUGCUCAUAUGUUCUCAUGCUGGUUGCGGUCGACCGGAGACGAGGAUGCAGGAGUUUCGCCGGUGCGCGGCGUGUGGAGUCGUGAACUACUGUUCACGAGCAUGUCAGGCACAGGACUGGAAAAUGCGACACCACAAGGAGUGUCGACAGCUGAUGAGGUUUCACAAUGUCAUCGCCGGCGGAGGUAAUGUCAACCAUAAUCGGGUUGAGAAUAACGUCGGUCAGAGAUGA